AAAUAAUAUCGCGCAAGCACUACCUACUUCAUCGUCAUCGUCCAGUCUCACCCGCUUCAGCGCGACGAUUUCGUGUGUCUCGCGAUUCUUGGCUUUGAACACGGUGCCAUAAGUGCCUGGAAAGAAGAAAAGCGAGAGUCGGUACAGGAUAGAGAGAGAGAAAGAGAGAGACAGGCACAGCGUAGUGUUGUUGUGUUGACAGCGUACACACAAGACUGACAGCUGUCAACUACGCCGGGCGGCCGCACGACGCGAGAGACAAACCGCGACGAUGACGCGUCGCGUUUCCAAGGCGCUUGCAAAUGGCUCACCUUCUCCUAUUUUCUCGAGCUUCUCAUACUUUUGCAUAUUUUUGCUGAUACCACGGGCGGAACGCGCACGCACGCACGCACAGUCGCGCACAGUGUUUUUCGCACCACUGCGCGGGCCCGACAGACGCUCUGACGCGCGACGCUGCUGCCAACCUGAGGAUCUUAUCCCCCUGAACCGACUGUUACCAACUGUCGCGUUUUUGCUUAUUUAAUUCUCUAUGAUUGGACCGGAAGUAAGAGUGGGGGAAUUGACGAGUCGUCGAAAAGAGGAGGCGUAUGUAUGUAUAUGAUCGCUGUCUUUGUCAGGAAUAAUUGUUUUUCCGAGUAAUAAGAGCACAUUAUCAGAUUAUGGCUGAAGCUGAGAGAUUCAAUUCGAUCAUUUCCCAAUCACGUGCGAGCCUUGAUUAUAUUAGCUCGAAAAUAUCCCAAGGAAUGGACCAGAUAAAAGACGACAUCGCCAGAGAAUUGUCCAUUACCGAUAAUUUAACGAAGCUCAGUUCGAAAAUAGGAUUGUUGCUGCAACGUUAUUCCGAGUUGGAAGUAGGAUUAAUCGAGCUGGUGCGAAUGGAUCACAACACCAAAAGUGUAAGGAUCGAGACACCAGCUGACAUCAAUGAGGAAGUCAAGAACAUUCUUACAGCGAUGAGGAAGAAACAACCUCAGCAGCAGCUAUCGGAUCGUCCUCGAACGCCGAAAAAACUGCGCAUAUCGACGAAUACUUCCAUGGGAAUGAAGGAGCCACAUCCAGUCGCUGGUUCCAAGCUUCUUAUGUCACAAUCAUAUAACAUCACCGAUCUCUCGAACGUGACAACCGAGAGACAGGAAAGGCCGCGUACGCCUGCUUAUCCGGAAGUGCAGUUGCUGAAUGAUCCGAGAUCGGCAGAAACCCAUGAGAAACUCAUUGGCUUCCGGCCGUCCUGGAAAUGCGAGGCUUAAAACGAUCAGAUAAGUUUGUUUUCGUACUAGGUUUUUGGUAAUUGUUUACGUUUCCGAAAAAUGUGCUCAAGAAAUUAUAUAUGUAAAAUAAAAUCUAAACAAGAAAAUAAUGUUCUCUAUCUUUGGAAAGUCUUAGUUUUAAUUCGUUUAAAAUUUUCGAAAUUUUACGUAUGCAUAUAUGUGUUUAGAGGAAAAUGUGAAGAGAGAAUUAAAUAAUGAUAUAAUUGAAGACGACAUAAAAAGAUUGUAAACCUCAUAUUUUCACGAAAUUAUUUUAUAUUAAGAAACACUAUAUAAAAUUUAAAAAAAUAUGCUAUGUUAUAUCUAACACAGUAACUGUAUAUAACUUAUGUAAAUUUUAAUUUUUCAAGAUAAAUAAUAUUGUUAUUUUAAAGACCUUAACAUUAGCAAGCUUUUUAUGUUACGUCUUCAAUCGACCAGUCAUUAAUUAUCGUUCUCUUUAUUUAGAUAGCACAUUUUUGUAGAGUGACAACAUAUGAGUAGAGAGGAAGAAUUGUAAUAUACUUUAUAUAAUCUUGAAUUGAUCAAAUUUCGUCAAAGUUGUGACGGAUUGUAAACUGUCUUAAUUUGAAGGAUUAAUCACGAAGAAACAUCUUUGCCAAGUCACAUAAUUUUUACUUUGGACAUAAAGAUAUCUUGAGUAUUUUUUUACGCCAUUGAGACUCUUUUCACAAAUGAGUUCUCUCGAAGAAGAACGACAUUCCAUUACAUUUGCAUCUCUUAAUCACUCCUGAGUAUUUAAUUUUGUGCAAUAUAGUUUCGAAAAAUUUGUAUUUGAAAAUGUUUGAGUUAAUUUGAGAAUUAGUAUAUAUAAUUAAUUACACAAUAACAAUAUACACGCCGUGCAUAUUAGAAUGAAAAUUAGUUAUUUUUGCGGCACAGCGCGUUUUAAAGAGUCGUCAAAGAUUGCAGCAGCAAGAGUAUACGUAUAUAAGAGGUCUUUUUAAAUAAAUCUCCCCGAGUAUUUUAUUUAACAAUUAUAAUAUUUCA